UCCCCCAAAAAAAAAAGCACCCGUGCGUGCGUGCCAGCGCCACCAGCCGCCAUGCAUGCAGCCGUAUCCCACCGGCUCCCCGCGCCAAUAUCUUUGCUUCUUGUUCGCGAUCAGAAUCCAACUGGCCUGGCCGAGCACCUCAGGCUCAAGGGGGUUUAACCAGUGAGUCGUCAGCGAUCGAGUCGAGUUGUGUUGGAUCGAUCAUGGGGAGAAUAAGGAUCCUUGCCGCCGCUGUUGUGCUGGCGUUGCUGGCGUGUUGGCCGACGUGUGAGGUCCGAGGCAAGGAGACGGACGACGUGCUGACGUCCCUGGUCGAGUUCCUGGCAACGCUCGCCGGCGGAGAUCCCGCAGCCCCGCAGCGCAUCGGGUGGAACGCUUCCGUCGACCCGUGCGCCGGCACCGGCGUUGCCUCGCAGUGGGGCAAGACAGUCACGUGCUUCGACACCACGGAGACCAACGCGGGCCACGUCAAGAAGAUCGAGCUGGAAGCCCUGGGCCUGAGCGGCACCAUCGACGCGGCCAGCCUCUGCGCCGCGCCGGCGCUCCGCGUGGUGAGCCUGCAGGGCAACGCGCUGCGCGGGGAGCUCCCCGCGGGCGUCUCGGCCUGCUCGGGCCUCACCCACCUCUACGUCGACGGGAACCGCCUCUCCGGACCCCUGCCCGGCUCCUCCGUCUCCCAGCUCAGGAAGCUCCUCGUGCUCGACGUCUCCAGGAACGACUUCUCGGGCGAGCUCCCGGCCGGCCUCAGCGCGGUGCACGGGCUGAAAAGGUUCAUCGCGAACGACAACCAGUUCGUCGGAACCGUUCCGGAUUUCAACCUCCCGAGCUUGGAGAACUUCACCGUGUCCAACAAUAACCUCACGGGCCCGAUCCCGCAGAGCCUCCAGAGGUUCGGCAGCGAAAGCUUCUCCGGGAACGCCGCCGGCAUGUGCGGCGAGCCUGCCUUGUCCGCUUGCCCACUACCACCGCCCAACGACGAGACGGCGGAUCAGGACGAGGAGGAUAAGGAGAGCAAAUCGAGGAGAACGCGGCGGGUCCUCAUGUACCUCGGCUACGCGCUCCUCGGCGCCGUCAUACUGGGCUUCGUCGUCUACAAGAUCUGCUCCAGGAAGAGGAAGAACAAGCUCGGCAGGAAGUCCAGGGGCGGCAAGGUCAAGGACGCGUUCGACAGCAGCGACCCGACGACGACGACGACGAUGACGGCGAGCAAGUCGGCGUCUGCGGCGUCGGCAUACUCGCUGCCGGCUUCCGUGGAGCGGAGCGCGGCGGCGGCGCCGUCGACGUCGUCGCUGGUGGUGCUGCGGCGGUCGGGCACCGCCUCGGUGACCUCGACGGCGGCCGCGGCGGCGGCCAAGGAGCUGCGGUUCGAGGACCUGCUCAAGUCCCCCGCGGAGCUGCUGGGCCGCGGGCGCUACGGGAGCUCGUACAAGGUGGUGGUGCCCAGCGGGGCGGCGCUGGCGGUGAAGCGGGUCAAGGACGCGUCGGUGAGCGACGACGAGUUUAGAAGGAGGAUGGAGCGGGUCGCGCGCGCCAGGCAUCCGGCCGUCCUGCCGCCGCUCGCCUUCUACUGCGCCGCGCAGGAGAAGCUCGUGGUCUACGAAUUCCUCGCCAACGGCAGCCUCGCCAAGAUACUCCACGGGUCCAUAGAGAGCAGCCAGGCUCCCCUUGACUGGCCGGCGCGCCUCCACAUCGCCGCCAAGGUGGCCGACGGCAUGGCCUUCAUGCACUCCAGCCUGCGCGGCGAUGGAUCGGGCUCCUAUUCGUCCUCCUCCACCCCCUCCACCCCGUCCUCGGGCGAAGCCGCAACAGACGGCGCCAAUGCCAACGCCGUCGCCGUCGCCCACGGCAGCCUCAAGUCCUCCAACAUCCUCUUCACGGCCAGCAUGGAGCCCUGCGUCAGCGAGUACGGUGUCAUCGCCCCGCCCCCGCAGCUGGGCGGCGGCAGCAGCCGGAGCUCCGGGCUGCGCGCGGACGUGCGCGCGUACGGGGUGCUGCUGCUGGAGCUGCUGACGGGGAAGUGCACGGCGGCGCAGGGCGACGGCGCGGAGCUGGCGCGGUGGGUGACGUCGGUGAUCCGGGAGGAGUGGACGGCCGAGGUGUUCGACCGCGCGCUGCUCUCCCGCGGCGCCGCCGUCAGCGAGCAGCGGAUGGUGCAGCUGCUGCAGGUCGCUAUGAGGUGCGUCGAGGCCUCGCCCGGGGAAGCGCCGCCCACCAUGAGGGAGGUCGCCGGGAUGGUCAACGCCAUCGUUGAGGAGGACGAUCGGUCUCUCUCCGCGGAAGCAUGACACGUACGAGAAUACGAGAUCGAUCGAGAACUUUGGCCAGUCAGCAGUCUGAUUAGUUUCCCUUUGAGCAUAUAUAUAUCGAUCACACUCCCUAAUUGUAUUUUUCUUCACUCAAAUGACUACAAACAACUUCAAUUUUAUCAUACCUUUUUCUUCUUUC